UGUGCAGCCGCACGACCUGAACAGACGGGUCCAAGAAACGUAGAAGGCGUUGAGGCUACCGGGCUUGAUCGAGCGACGGGAAGAUGAGGCGGAAAGUCAAUUGACGAGCAGAAAGCCAAAGACGUGCCAGAGGAAAACAACAUGAACACAAUAACAGGCCCACCGCCUGCUCGACCUGGGAUCCAUCUGCACAAAUUAGCCCUGCCGAGAUGAAGUGGCCCAUCCCCAUCCCUUAUCCCUACCUGCAACCUGAACCCGCGUUCAAUAACAGGCUGUUGAUAAACAACCAUCUCGGCUGCCGCGCCCGUCCUGCAGCUGAGCUUGUCUGGACCCGUGCGCCGGCCCCCGUUGACUGUCGAUUCGAUUGUCAACAAUGUCUUGCCGGGUAGGCUUCCGUCUCAGCCGGCCUGUCUUGCGGCCAUGGCAGCAGCACAAUGCCACCACCAAUACCCUCCCCAUCCAGGGAUAUCUCCAACAGGCACAUCCCCGGAGGACGAACCUGGCGCGCUUACUCCCGCAAUGCACGUCAUCGACCCCGCAGAGGGUAUCGAACUGGAGGAGCUAUGCCACCAGAGUGGCAGCCUCAGAGUUGCAGUUUGGACAGCCGGUCCAUGAGACACACCCACACAUUCUCAAGUCUGGGGAAUUGACCCCGGGCAUCACGGCCCAGGAGUACUAUGACCGGCGUUUGAAGCUAGCGGCGUUACUGCCCGUGGGUGGCGUCGCCAUCCUAGCCGCGGCAGAUCUCAAGUACCGCUCCGGCGCCGUCUUCUACCCCUACCGGCAGGACUCCAACUUCUUCUACCUGACGGGCUUCGCCGAGCAGGAUGCUGUAGCCGUCAUCCACAGGCGGGAUCGGGACCCGGCCGACCACGAGUUCCGCCUCUACGUCCGCCCCAAGGACCCCAUCCUCGAGCGAUGGUCCGGCCCGUGGAGCGGCGUCGAGGGCGCCGAGGACGUGUGGAACGCCGAUGUGGCCGGCCCCAUCGCUGCGGCCUCGUACGAGGUCCGGGACAAGGCCGAGUCCGCCCUCGCCGUUUUCGCCGACUCGCGAGACUACACCGGCUCCAGCCAGGUGCAGCCGCUCGCGCCGCUCGUCAACUCCCUGCGCGCCAUCAAGUCGCCCGCCGAGGUGGCCAACAUGCGCAAGGCCGGCCAGCUCUCGGGCCGCGUCAUCACCGACGCCAUGCGCGGGCGGCGCGACGGCUCCUCCUCGUCGGGCGGCGGCGGCGGCGGCAACUGGACCCUCGAGCGGGACCUGGCCCUGUUCCUAGAACACGGCUUCGCGCGCGCCGGCUGCGACGGGUCGGCCUACGUGCCCGUCGUUGCCGGCGGCCCCCGCGGCUCCCUGAUCCACUACGUGCAAAACUCGGCCGCCCUCGCCGCCGGCGAGACGGUGCUGGUGGACGCGGGCGGCGAGUUCGGCACCUACGUGACCGACAUCACGCGCACCUGGCCCGUCGGCGGCCGCUUCUCGCCCGCCCAGCGCGACCUGUACGAGGCCGUGCUGCGCGUCCAGCGCACCUGCGUCUCGCUCUGCCGCGCCAGCGCCGCCACCUCGCUCGACCGCCUGCACGCCGUCGCCGAGCGCGCCCUGGCCGACCAGCUGCGCGACCUGGGCUUCGACCUCCCCGCCGGCCCCGCCGGCUCCUCCGACCGCGGCAUGUCGGCUCUGUUCCCCCACCACCUGAGCCACUACGUCGGCCUCGACGUGCACGACGUCCCCGGCUACUCGCGCGGCGUGCAGCUGCAGGCCGGCCACUGCGUCACCGUCGAGCCGGGCAUCUACGUGCCCGACGACGACCGCUGGCCGAGCCACUUCCGCGGCCUGGCCGUCAGGAUCGAGGAUAGCGUCUGCGUCAUGGAGGACGAGCCGCUCAUACUGACCACCGAGGCCGUCAAGGAGGUGGCCGACAUCGAGGCAUUGCGGGAAGUGUAAGCCCGGCAUGUCAGCCACGGUGGUUCGGGUAUCCCCUUCGGUGGUAUUUUUUCAUGAGCCGCACCAACAGAACACAAAAACAAAUCGUGUCGAAACGCUAGAUAGUAUUCCGCAUAUUAUGCUCUCAAUGCCACUCAUCUGGAUGAAGCAAGUUGUAGUGCCCCUUUCAGAC